AUGUCGAACUGGCUUGUGAAUGAAGUUCCUAAAUUCAUCAUAUUAUUGCUGUGGCUGGGAGUAAAUGCAUUUCUUUUUGUUUCCACCUUCCUCUUGUAUGAACGAGGGGAAGCAUAUAUCUAUACUCGGGCUCUUCUUGGGUCAACACUGGCUUGGGCAAGAGCCUCUGCAAUGUGUCUCAAUUUCAACUGCCUUUUGAUCCUGCUGCCUGUCAGUCGGAAUCUUAUCUCUUUCUUCCGAGCAUCAGGGAGUUGUUGCAGAAGCAAUGUCAGAAGAUACUUGGACAAAACCAUUACAUUUCACCGAAUGGUGGGCUACAUGAUUGUAUUACACACUGUUAUUCACAUCAUCGCACACUUGUUUAAUAUUGAACGAUAUCACAGGAGCUAUUCACCUGGUGCCAUGGAAAACUUACAAAUCAGACUUUCUACCAUUGGUCAGAACUGCAGUGAAGAAUAUCUGAAUCCCAUCAGAACAUACAAUACGAACCCAGUAAAAGAAUUAUUGAGUAGUAUAGCAGGGAUAUCGGGCAUCAUCAUUACAAUGGCUCUCAUUCUGAUGGUAACAUCAUCUACAGAAUUCAUCAUAAAGUCCUUUUAUGAGGUGUUUUGGUUCACUCACCACCUCUUCAUUAUUUUCUUCAUUGGCCUUGCUAUCCAUGGGGUAGGACGUAUUGUUCGAGGACAAACCUCUGAGAGUUUACGAGACCACAAUGUUACUUACUGCAAGGAUCACCAGAAAGAAUGGGGCGACAUUCCACAAUGCCCCAUACCACAAUUUGUUGGCAAUGAACCAGUAGCAUGGAAAUGGAUUGUGGGCCCUCUCUUCUUCUACAUCUGUGAAAAGUUGAUUCGCUUUUGUAGAUCCAUGCAAAACGUUGUCAUUACCAAGGUUAUAGUACAUCCUUCCAGAGUACUGGAGCUUCAAAUGAAAAAACAUGGCUUUCAUAGUCAUCCAGGCCAGUACAUCUUCCUCCAAUGUCCUGCAAUAUCUCACUUUCAAUGGCAUCCUUUCACUCUCACCUCUGCGCCUGAAGAAGAACAUUUCAGUGUACACAUAAGAACAGUGGGAGACUGGACAAUUGCAUUAUAUGAGGCCUGUGGAGCUAACAAAAAAGUUUUUCAGGAAGCAUGGACGAUGCCGAGAGUUGCAGUUGAUGGUCCUUUUGGCACUGCAAGCAAAGAUAUGUUCUAUUACGAAGUUAGUGUGUUCAUUGCUGCAGGAAUUGGAGUGACUCCUUUUGCCUCUGUGUUGAAAUCCAUUUGGUACAAGUACAAUGACCUAAAGAUGACAAUGAAGGUAAAAAGGGUCUAUUUUUAUUGGAUCUGCCGGGACACUAAUGCCUUUGAAUGGUUUGUUGAUCUUUUGCAAUCCCUGGAAGCACAAAUGAUUGAGAUAGGCAAGAGUGGCUUCCUGAGUUAUCACAUCUUUCUCACUGGUUGGGAUGAGUUUCAGGCUGCUCACAUUGCCAUGCAUUUCAAAGGUAACCAAGAUGUUAUCACAGGACUGAAACAGAAGACUUUCUAUGGCAGGCCGAACUGGAACAAGGAGUUCAAACAUUUUGCUGGCGAUCACCCUGGUGCCAGUAUCGGUGUAUUUUUCUGUGGACCCAAGGCCCUCUCCAGCGUUCUCCACAAGAUGUGCAACCUUUACUCGUCUGCUGACCCAAGAGGAGUCCAUUUCCACUACAAUAAGGAGAAUGGCUAA